CGGACUCACACGGGAGAGAAGCCAUAUUCGUGCGAUAGCUGCGAGUAUAAGACCGCCAACGCCGGUAAUUUAAAAAAGCAUAAGCGCACUCACACGGGAGACAAGCCGUAUUCGUGCAAGACAUGUGACUACAGGUGUACGACCGCCGGUUCUCUGAAGGCAGCUCCUACAGAUGGUAGCAGCGUCGCAGCUACCCCUGCCCUUGGCGACAAAGUAACAGGAGAAUCAAGCGAAGACUUCGCCAAGGCAAAGGAUAGAAUAAAUGAAGCGCUAGCCUACCUGAGAGAGGAACUGAGGACUCACACAGGAGAGAAGCCAUAUUCGUGCGAGAGCUGCAAUUAUAAGACCGCCAACGCCGGUAAUUUGAAAAAGCACAAGCGGACUCACACGGGAGACAAGCCAUAUUCGUGCGAGACAUGCACCUACAGGUGUACGACCGCCGGUUCACUGAAGGUGCAC